AUGCCCUCGAUGCAUUCUCUCUACAUUCCCUUCCUGCUGGCAGGCAUGAUACUUACUGGCUCCAGUAACUCACUUUGGAGCAAAUGGCAGGAUAUGCAAUGUGUAGAGAAUUGUGACGACACGGAUGUCAGCCAUCGUGUUCUGUAUGAACAGCCUGUAUGGCAGACUCUGCAGAUGUUUGUUAACGAUAAACCGCAUCAGUCGGAGAAAUGCUAUGUUUCCUCCCCGUAUUGUACACGUGGAUCCAAUCUAAGCGCCGAAUACCUUCUAUUCAUCUUGAUACCGACUCUCCAACUCGGAGCGUCCAUCCCUCUCAAGAACGCACCUCAAUCUCUUACUGGAGCCAAGGUUCUACUCUUGUGGAUUCCCGCGGCGUGUGACCUCACCGGAACCACUCUGAUGAACGUCGGGCUGUUGUAUACGCCUCGUUGCGUUUCUUCGCCGCCGGCUUUGGUUGUACCAGUUCAGUCGCUUGUUUACACUUGCGUAUCUUUUCAUUCUAAGUCGAAUUUCAACUUUAGAUGGGUGUCCCUUAUUGUGGUUAUGUCUGGUGUCGGAUUAGUCGGAUUCAGCGGGUCGCUCAUCAAGGACGCCGUCAAAGAAUUCGUCGGACAGUCCAUGCCAACCUGGAUUGCGUCAGUCAGCUCCGACUUGCCGCCGCCAGAGCCUAUCGAGAAGCCCGAGGCCACCACUGUUCUCGUCGGCAUCUUCUUCAUCCUCUUUGCACAAGUUUUCACGGCAACUCAGUUUGUUGUUGAAGAGAAGAUCAUGGGUCAAUAUUCAGUUCCCCCUCUGGUCGCUGUCGGCUACGAAGGCUUGUUCGGUGCUAUCUCCAUUCUGCUGAUUCUCCCUAUCCUCGCUACACCGUCCGUUUCCAAGCAGUCGGCGUUCUUUGAUAUCCCCCGAGGCUGGCACCAGAUGAUUGACACGCCUUCUGUAUUGUAUUCCGGUAUUGCCAUUGCGUGCAGCAUUUCCUUGUUCAAUUAUUUCGGGCUCAGUGUUACGCGACACGUCAGCGCGACCGCUCGUUCUUUGACGGAUACCUGCAGGACGCUCUCCAUUUGGAUAAUUAGUUUGGGACUGGGCUGGGAAAAGCUUCUAUGGCCAGUCUCGUUGUUACAGGUUCUCGGAUUUUCACUAUUGGUCUACGGCACGUUCAUGUUCAACGGACUCGUUCCUGCUCCAGCAUUUUUACUGCCCGCAACCACCGAGCAGAAUCGUCUACCAGAAGAAGAAGGUCUUCUAUCAUCUCCACUGGAUGAGACAGCCGCCCUUCCGGCAGAUCUCGGGCAGAGUGGUUUUGAUGUGGUUCCCGAAGAGCAGACAGCUCAUGCUAGGAAGCCAUCUGUCCGUACGGAUUAG